GCGCGCUCCCGCGGUGACGGACACGAGGAAGUGGCGACGCGCGGGUUCGACGGCGCUCGGCUCGGCUCGCGCGGCUCCACCUGCGGCUCCGCGACGGUCUGAUGUGAGUGUCGGGGAGAUUUUUCCGCGGGCCGCGUAGCAGGAUGUGGGCCGCAGCGAUGCUGAAUGCCGCGGCGUGCGGAGCAGUGCUGUUCCCCGGGCUCUUCUGCGUCACGAGGAAACUCCUCAAGUCGACCAUGACCCACUGGAGCGACGGCGACGUGGUGUGCGUCAGCGAGAGGCUGGUGUCCGCCAUCCAUGCAUCCAUGUGCACUGCAGCCGGAGUAACAGUCAUGACAUCCUGCAGCGACGUGAUAACCGACAGUCACUGGCUGGCCAAUUGGUUUGUCUUGUUCGGAGCGCCCUAUAUGGCCCACGACAUCUACGCCAUGUACCUGAGCCACUUCCACGACCAGAGGGGCAGAGGUCAUGCCGGUGCUGCGCCCGGCGGCCACUCCCUUCGCACAGUGAGGGCUUUCCUCCUCAAGGAGUGGAUGCUGGUCGUCCACCACCUGGCGCUGCUCCUCGUUUUCCUGCCCAUCACUCUGUUCUUCAGAAGAGGCCUGGGGGAUUUCUUCAUCGGCUGCCUGUUCACCACGGAGUUCAGCACGCCUUUUGUCUCUUUGGGGAAGAUCCUCAUCCAGCUGGGCCUGGACAACACCAUGCUGCACAGGAUUAACGGCGUCGUCGUUCUCCUGAGCUUCUUCUCGUGUCGGAUUCUGAUCUUCCCCUUCAUGUACUGGAUGUACGGCCGGCAGUUUGGCAUCCCCCUUCACAGGGUGGCCUUCCAUCUGCCUCUGCGCUGCAACGUGGGCAACCUGGUGAUCCUGGCUCCACAGGCGUACUGGUUUGUCCUGCUGCUGAAGAAAGCCAAGAGGCUCUACCUGAGACAGAGGCGGGGCAGAGGAGAAGGAAACAAGGACGGGCCGAAGACCGACUGAAGAGUCCAGCUGAGGAAAAAAAAGAAGUGAUAAACUACAAAAAGCUAGAUAAUUGUCAUAAAAAAGAGGAAACAUGGCGUUACUUCAAAAAAGUUAUAUUUUGAUUAAAGAACCCCACUUUAUUUAUUUAUAUCAAGUUUCCCCUCAAGGUAUGAAUAUUUACUGGCAACGUUUCUUCAAGCUUUAUUAACCUGUUCUCCAAAUACAUUUUUGCUUCUCAAAAAUCUUUUCUGUGAAAACUUUUGACUUAAUAAAUUUUUUUUGCAAAACA